AUGGAUAAGACUUCACGUGUAAACACAAUGGAACAAGGUGCACCGGCAUAUGGCGUGUACCCUUACCCCACAACACACGCACUCCAACCAGCAUCACAGUUGGGACACUCUCAAGGCAGUCAUCAGCAGGGUUACCCACCAGGCUACCCUUCUCAGGUAUACCCUACUCCAAGAUAUCCACCCCAGGAUUACUCACUGCAGGGCCACUCUGCAAAUGAACCAUAUCAAGACUUCACGGGGGCCCCUCCAGCAUCACUGGCUGAUGCACCUCCAGAGUACCAAAAUGAAUUUGCAAAUGAAACAGCAAAGAACUUCGCAGAGAAAGUCAUAAGGAGAGCUUUCAUUAGGAAAGUGUAUCUCACUUUAAUGGUUCAAUUGUUAGUCACCGUAGGAAUAAUCUGCAUGUUUCUUUAUUGGAAAACAUUGAAUAAAUGGGUAACAGAAACUUACUGGUUUACGUAUGCUUUGUUUCCUGUCCUCUUCAUUUUAGUCAUUACCUUGUCUUGCUGCGAUGGUGUUCGACGUAAAACUCCAUGGAACUUCAUACUUCUUUUAUUAUUUACUAUUCUGGAAGGUUUGCUCUUGGGAGCUGUUUCAGUUUUUUAUGGUGCUGAUGCAGUGAUGUGGGCUGUUGGUGCUACUGCAUUUGUGUCAGUUGGACUAACACUAUUUUCCCUGCAAACCAAGUGGGACUUCACCUUGGGAAGUGGAAUUUUAUUCGUGAUACUACUGGUUUUAAUAGCAUUUGGAAUUCUGUGUGCCAUAAUACAAUCACUUUGGCUCCAUAUUGUUUAUGCCUCCUUAGGAACGUUGAUCUUCUCUAUUUACCUGGUCACUGACACUCAAUUAAUGCUGGGAGGAAAGCACAGAUACAGUCUGAGCCCUGAGGAGUAUAUAUUUGCAGCACUGAAUCUUUACCUUGACAUCAUAGGUCUCUUCACCUUCAUACUCCAAAUUAUUGGCCUGUGUCGUUAG